GAUUUGAACGCUGUGGAUGUUGAAGUCUUCUUGGUGUCUCUCUGACUGACUGUGUGUGCUGGAGACUUCCUGACUGUGAUGGCUGUGCUGUGAGGGUCUAGUGUGGGAUUACCGACACACACACACACACUCUGGACUUUGGACAGCUGAGGCAGGACCGCAGGAAGAGAGAGGCACACACAACGCUGGCACGAUGGGCAGUAAGUACCACUGGCAGAGUCAGAAUGUCAAGCAGAGUGGUGUGGACGACAUGGUGCUGCUGUCCAAGAUCAGCGAAGACGCCAUUGUGGAAAACUUGAAGAAGAGAUUCAUGGAUGACUUCAUCUUUACCUAUAUUGGCUCUGUGUUGAUAUCAGUGAACCCAUUCAAACAGAUGCCCUAUUUCACUGACCGGGAAAUUGAACUCUACCAAGGGGCUGCCCAGUAUGAAAACCCUCCCCACAUCUACGCCCUGACUGAUAACAUGUACAGGAACAUGAUGAUUGAUCAGGAGAACCAGUGUGUUAUUAUCAGCGGGGAGAGUGGAGCUGGGAAGACUGUGGCUGCCAAGUACAUUAUGGGUUACAUCUCCAAAGUAUCAGGAGGAGGUGAUAAAGUGCAGCAUGUGAAGGACAUCAUCCUCCAGUCCAAUCCUCUACUGGAGGCCUUCGGCAAUGCCAAGACUGUCCGCAACAACAACUCCAGCCGCUUUGGUAAGUACUUUGAGAUUCAGUUUAGCAGAGGAGGAGAGCCGGACGGUGGUAAAAUCUCCAACUUCCUCCUUGAGAAGUCGAGGGUGGUGAGCCAGAACGAGAACGAGAGGAACUUCCACGUCUACUACCAGCUAAUAGAGGGAGCCAACCCCCAGCAGAAAGAAGCCCUGGGCAUCAUGACUCCAGACUACUACUACUACCUGAACCAGUCAGGGACAUACAAAGUGGACGGAACCAACGACAGCAAGGACUUUCAGGAGACAAUGGAAGCCAUGCAUGUGAUUGGGAUCCCAGUGGCCCACCAGGCUCAGGCGCUGCAGAUCAUAGCAGGAAUCCUGCACCUUGGAAACAUCAGCUUCAUAGAGGCAGGCAACUAUGGCAAGGUGGAGAGCACUGACUUGCUUGCCUUCCCUGCCUAUCUGCUGGGCGUUGACCCAACGCGCCUGCAAGACAAACUGACCAGCAGAAAGAUGGACUCGAAGUGGGGUGGAAAGUCUGAAUCCAUCGAUGUGACUCUUAACCAGGAACAAGCCACCUACACCCGCGACGCCCUGGCUAAGGCCCUUUACACACGGCUCUUUGACUACCUGGUGGAGGCCAUAAACAAAGCCAUACAGAAACCUCAUGAAGAAUACAGCAUCGGCGUUCUUGACAUAUAUGGCUUUGAGAUAUUCCAGAGGAAUGGGUUUGAGCAAUUCUGCAUCAACUUUGUCAACGAGAAGCUACAGCAGAUAUUUAUUGAGUUGACACUGAAGGCUGAACAGGAAGAGUAUGUUCAGGAAGGCAUCAAGUGGACACCAAUUGAGUAUUUCAACAACAAGGUUGUCUGUGACCUCAUCGAGAAUAAGUUGAACCCGCCAGGCAUCAUGAGUGUCCUGGAUGAUGUGUGUGCCACCAUGCAUGCCAAGGGUGAGGGGGCAGACGGCACCCUGCUCCAGAAGCUCUCGGCGGCGGUGGGCACACACGAACACUUCAACAGCUGGAACUCGGGCUUCGUCAUCCACCACUAUGCAGGCAAGGUCUCCUACGAAAUAAACGGCUUCUGUGAGAGAAACCGGGAUGUGCUUUUUACUGACCUUAUUGAACUGAUGCAGAGCAGCGAACAUGCCUUCAUCCGCAGCCUCUUCCCUGAAAACCUCAACACAGACAAGAAGAGCAGGCCCACCACUGCUAGCUGUAAGAUCAAGAAACAAGCCAAUGAUCUGGUGAACACGUUGAUGAAGUGCACCCCCCACUAUAUCCGAUGUAUCAAACCCAACGAGACUAAGAGACCCAAGGACUGGGAAGAGAGUCGGGCGAAGCACCAGGUGGAGUACCUUGGGCUGCGGGAGAAUAUCCGUGUGCGUCGAGCCGGCUACGCCUACCGCAGAGUCUUCAAUAAGUUCCUACAGAGGUACGCCAUCCUGACGGCAGAGACGUGGCCGUGCUGGCGGGGAGGAGAGCAGCAGGGGGUCCUGCAUCUCCUCCGCUCUGUCAACAUGGACACAGACCAGUACCAGAUGGGACGCUCCAAGGUCUUUGUCAAGGCCCCAGAGUCGCUCUUCCUAUUGGAGGAGAUGCGGGAGAGGAAAUUCGACACGUUCGCCAGGACCAUCCAGAAGGCCUGGAGGAAGUACAUCGCCAGGCGGAAAUAUGAACAGAUGAGGGAAGACGCUUCAGACAUCCUGCAUAACUCUAAGGAGCGGAGGAGGAACAGCAUCAACAGGAACUUUGUAGGAGACUAUCUGGGACUGGAGCAGAGGCCUGAGCUCAGACAGUUCCUGGCCAAGAGAGAGCGAGUCGACUUCGCAGACUCUGUCAACAAGUUUGACCGCAGGUUCAAGUCCAUCAAGAGGGACCUCAUUCUGUCUCCCAAAGGCAUCUACCUCAUAGGCAGAGAGAAAGUGAAGAAGGGGCCAGAGAAGGGACAGAUAAAGGAGGUGUUAAAAAGGAAGCUGGAGUUUGAGAGUAUCCACUCUAUCUCUCUCAGUAUGAGACAGGAUGAUUUCUUCAUCGUGCAUGAGACUCAGUAUGAUAGUCUGCUAGAGUCCAACUUCAAGACUGAGUUCCUCAGCUUGCUCUGUAAGCGCUAUGAAGAGGUGACCAAGAACAAGCUGUCUCUCUCCUUCAAUGACAGGCUGGAGUUCCGGGUGAAGAAGGAGGGCUGGGGAGGAGGGGGCACCCGUGUUGUGGUGUUCCAGAGGGGACAGGGGGACCUGGCAGGGAUCAAACCAGCUGGAAAGACCCUCACCAUCACGGUGGGAGAUGGCCUGCCCAAGACCUCCAAGCCCACCAAGAGGGGAGCGCUACAGAUCCGUGCAGGCGACAGGAGUCAGCCUCCCAGUAGAGGGUCCCAGAAUGGUGCACCCAGAGGUAGAGGUGCUCCACCGCCCCAGCAGCACACCUAUACCUCCCAGAAACAGAACCGCCCCCCCAGCGCCGUCCUCCCCAAACUGGGCUCCCAGAAUCCCAGACGAGGCCCGGCUCAGACUCAGACUCAACAGAGGAACCUGGACUUCCUCAACGUGCCUGACCAGGGCGUGUCUGGAAUGCAGAGGAAGAGGAGUAUCAGCAGCCAGCGGCCGCCCCCGGCCCCAUCCAGCAGGUCCAAGGCCCAGCCCCGCCCCAUGGGCCCACGUUGCCGGGCGUUGUACCAGUACGCUGGCCAGGACACCGAUGAGCUCAGCUUUGACGCCAAUGAUGUCAUCGACCUGCUCAAUGAAGAUGCAUCAGGCUGGUGGAGGGGCAGGUUUCGUGGCAAGGAGGGACUCUUCCCUGGGAACUAUGUGGAGAAAAUCUGAUGACUGCCUGUUCUGUGCCCCAAAAGUUGGAUGGCAUAACGAUCCACUGUAAAGCAAUGGUGAAUUGCAUGUGAGCCAAACAGUAAUAUCUGAUUCACAAGCGUCUCAACAGGAUCGUCAUGUUGACACCAGUGCUUUGUAUUAUCUGCACAACAAUAUCAGUACAGAGAAAUAAUAUAAUAAUAAUAAUAAUAUAUGCCAUUUAGCAGACGCUUUUAUCCAAAGCGACUUACAGUCAUGUGUGCAUACAAAGAAACAUGUUGAAAAGCUAUCUGAAACAGAAGACUGUGCCUUUUUUAUUUUUCAUUUAUGUUAUAUUGUCAGCCAUAACUGAUUUAACUGGGCCUUAUUCCAGUUUCACAAAGAGGACUUUGAUGCAAAGCUUUGAGGUGCUAACACAAAAGAAGAUGCAAUGAUGUUAUGCACAUACAUUUUUUUUUUGUGAUAUCAAAUGUAGGGCCAUCAAGUGUCGAUGUAAAAUCCUCCCAAAUGUCCAUAUUUUCUAUUCAAGUAAAUACUACCUGUCAGCAACCAGUAGGAGGUACUGUUGCACCAUGUCCAUGUCUUCAACUCUUGCAAAUGCUCUGAAAAUGAAAGGUUGACUGAUGUAUGAUAAUAUACAUGAGUCUUUGGUGUUAUAAGCUUCUUUCUGCUUUGUUGGAUUCAUUACAAAACUAGUUUAUGGACUUCUUUUAUAACUGUUGUAAAAUAACUUGAAUUUCUAUUUUGUGCCCAGUGACAGUGGUCACAAUAAAGAAAUAUUUUCUAUAAACGCAA